ACCCAGUUAUGGCAGCUGAGCAGGGCUGUCCUGGGGGAAUUAUGGUGCUUAUGGGGUUUGUUGUUAGGCUACUAAAUGGGGCCCCUGGUUAAAGUAUGAGAUUCAGCCAUUGCUUUAUAUAGAACAGUGUAGGAAAUGGUUUAUCAGUGCAUGUGAAAGGUAUGUUAUAUUAAGAUUUUGUAUUGAUCUUUAUAUAGACUUCAACCUUAUGCAGGCUCAUAUGCUCCUUAUAGGAUUAGCUUCUGGAGGUGAGAGAGGCAGUGAAAUCUGAGAUUUAGGGUGUAUUCGUGAGCAGACAUGAGAAACUACAACACCCAUAAUGCUAAAGGUUUAGUAGGAGUACGGUGGGAGGGGCUGACGUUCACUGUAAGCUAUCGUAUUACUGUGCCUAAGAGGGACAGGUCACAGUGCCCGAGGGGCCCAGUUCCUGAGGAGAAGUGGAGCCGUUGAACGCCGCAGAACUAACAAAAGAUUUAAAUCUUCCACAGCUUUUUGUCCUUGUUUACAGUUGCUUACAGUGUAGCUCCGCCCUCUGCCGCACCUCCUCCAUUUUAUAGGCUCGACUUAUUCACCGAGCUUCUCACUGGCUGAGCGAAUGCGGCGGCGUUCACCUGAUUGGUUGAGCUGUCAAAGGCACAGAAGAGGCUGUUCUGCCUCUUCCAACAUGGCGGUAGCCGUGGUUGGGUUGCUGCUUCUGGCCGGGUUCGGUGACACCGGGGUGGCUUUUGCGCUUGAAGAUGGCAGCGUUGAAGCCCAGGUGUUAGGGCUACGGCUGGAGGAGGGAGCUGGCGUGUCAAUGAGCGGCGGGCUGAUCAGAGCUCGCCCUGGUUCGUCCUUCCGCCUCCGUCUUUAUGGAUCGGGGCUGCGAAAUGACACCUGGCCCUGGGUCUCCAUUGGCAGCCCCGGAAGCAAGACAUGUUCUCCAGAGCCAGACUCGCCCCUCCAACUGCUGGAAGAGUUCCGAGUGUGCAGCGAGCACUCUGGCCUGGUCACUGUCCGGGCUCUCAAUGAGAGUAAGGGCAGAGGCCUCCUGUACCCCCUCUGUACCCGCCAAGGAAACAGCUGGGCUCCAUUCCCCGGCGGAGACACACUCAUUACCGUGCUGGGGGGCGAUGAGGAGGAAGAGAAGCCCCCCUGGCCAGGAGAUGAACAACAGUGUACUUUGGGCUCCCUCAGUUCCCGCCUGCUUAGUUUUAGGGAUGAAACUCCCUCUGUAGCACCCCCUGAGACUAAUGCAAGGCAGUAUUUGGCUUCCUGGCUCCUGGCUCUUCUUAUUGUCCUGUGUAUCCUUUUCUCUGGCUUGCUCAGGGGGCUGCAGCUCAGCACUCUGGCCCUAGAACCCUCAGAGCUUGGCCUGUUGCGGGAUUGGGGAACCCCCAGUGAAAGACAUGGGGCCACUCGGUUGGACCCCCUGCGGACGCGCUGGGGUGGGUACACACUGAUCUCCAUGUUGGCCCUUUGCUGCCUUACUAACUCAGCUGUGGCUGUUCUUCUUUACCAUGCUAUAGGUUCAAUCCCUGCAGCUAUUUUCUCAGCAGCUGGACUGCUUUUAUUGGCUGGUGAGGCGCUACCAGCUGCAGUAAGUUCUCGCUGGGGGCUCAUUCUAGCACCCAAGUGCCUGUGGCUUACCCAUUUUUUCAUGUUCCUCGCUGGGCUCCUCUCAUUCCCUCUGUCAUGGCUUCUGGAGGCAGCAUUUGGGCAGGAUCCUAGCUGCUGCCGACAAAGAGUCCGUAUAUUGGAAAUGGCCCGAUGUGGGGACCCUUACAGUGAAUUAGUAAGAGAUGAAUUCAGCAAGGGGGCCCUGAGGAAUCGGACAGUAGAGGACAUACUGACCCCUGUGGUUGAAUGCUUUAUGCUUCCCAGUGAUGCCUUGUUAGACUUCAACACCAUGUCCAGCAUCAUGGAGAGUGGCUAUACCCGCAUCCCAGUAUAUGAAAACGAGCGCUCCAACAUCGUGGAUAUCCUCUAUGCCAAGGACCUGGCUUUUGUGGACCCACAAGACUGCACUCCACUGAACUACAUCACUCGCUUUUACAGCCACCCUGUCCACUUUGUGUUUAGCGACACCAAACUGGACGCUGUGCUGGAGGAGUUCAAGAAGGGCAAGUCCCACAUGGCCAUUGUACAGAAAGUGAAUAACGAGGGAGAAGGAGAUCCGUUCUAUGAAGUUAUGGGGCUGGUAACCCUCGAAGAUGUCAUAGAAGAGAUCAUAAAAUCAGAAAUUUUGGACGAGUCUGAAGACUGCAAGCGCAAAGUCAAGAAGAAGCGUCAGCCAGUGCAGCCAAUACUAAUACCCCGUGGUGGGGAAGAGCUGUCCUUCUUCAGAACUGCAGAGGCCGAACAGAAGGUUAAGAUUUCCCCCCAGCUUCUGCUGGCAACACAGCGCUUCCUGACUCAGGAGGUGGAUCUUUUUGGUGCCUCCAGGGUUUCAGAGAAGGCCCUCUUGAAUCUACUAAAGCUCCCAGGAGUCACUCAGGAGGUGAAGUUUGAUGACAGCGAUCGCCUGUGCCCUGAGCAUUUUCUGUACCUACGCAGCCAGCCUGUAGAUUACUUCAUUCUCAUACUGCAGGGAAAAGUGCAAGUGGAGAUUGGAAAGGAAGGGCUGAAGUUUGAGAAUGGAGCAUUCACAUACUAUGGUGUAGCUGCACUGAGCCCUUGUCUGUUAGGUCAUCAUUCCCCUGGGAUUCAGAACAGUCCUUCAGAUUCCAGCUUCUACUAUCCAGACUACACUGUGAGAGCCCUCAGUGACUUGCAGAUAGUCAAGGUCAAUAGGGUGCAGUAUCUGAAUGCAGUGCGGACCUCCCAUUCGCACACCAGUACCCAGUCUCCAGACAGCAUGGAGCUGAAGAUCCUGCCCAACAGCCAAACACAGCUGCUGAAUAACCGCAACAUGGAAUCAGAAAGCAGAAAAGAAAUAACAACAGAUACUUGGCCACAGAAUGCUGGAGAGAAAGUGAUGAAGGAGGAAAUCAUCUCUAAUCCCCCAUACCUUGAAAGCAAACCUGGUGCCCAGUCUCUCCCCCAACAGGGACCUGUUACUAUAAUGGAGAGCAUUGUUAUGUCCUAAUAACAGCAGAUUUCCGCCCAAUGCCAUACCUCCGUGCCAUUAUUAUUAUUUUUUUUUUUAAAGAUAAAGUGCCCAAGCAUUUUCUGGUCCUCGCUUGCUGGCCAGAGGGCUCCUCACUUUGCCGAGCUGCCAACAAGUUCAAGCAGGAAGAACAGUGACCAAUUAUUUCUCUCCCAGGAAGCAGCCUUGCAGGCACACAAGGGGCUAAGAAGACGUGCCACUGAGCUGUAAAGAAGAAACCGCAAGGUGUGAAGGUGUAGGGUUAAUAUUUUAUAGAAGUUAUAGACAAUUGUUCUAUGUUUAUUUUGUAUUAAGCAAAUCAAGGACUUGGGAUUGAGGUAAUUGUAAGUAUAUACACAUUAUCCCAGUCAUUGCACUAAUCUUUGUAGUCUGUGUGCACCGACUGUGCCAUGAUUUCUAGUCAGGCCAGUUGCUGAAGUGACUGACCUGUAUAAAACCUCCGUUUAUUACAGCAUUUAUAAGAAUGUAGCAAGCAUAGUCAGCGUAAGCAUUCCUUAACCUACACUGAGCAUGAUCACUUCAUUUUGGAUGUUUGUUCUAUGCCAAGCUUGUAAAUGGCUGCACUGCUGGGUACACAGACUAUCGUAUUUGGUGCCAUACUUCCAGGGCUCAAUGCAGGCAGUCUGUCCUCUCUUCUACUGUGAAUACACCGAAGCUGGUCCAUGUCUUUUUAUACAAAGGAUAGCACUGCUACUUUUUCCGGCUGUCUCCAUAGCCCUUCCAGUACCAUGGAGCAGACUAAGCAUGUUCUUAUGAUACACAGCAUUCUUGUCAAGGGUACGACAUAGCGCUCCUCAUUUUUAAUACUAAUCCAUUUUACAUCAACCAGGGGAAAUCGCUCACCUCCUCCAACUAAACAGCUAUGUUUGGAUUUAUUGAAAAAUACAAUGUUAUAUACACACA